AGUGAAUCGAAACCACGGGUGGUCUGGAGCAGUAAUCUUGAAUUUGUGGUGUCAUUGAUAGGCUGUUCCACUGGUAUGUCGGAUUUCUGGAGAUUUCCAUACCUUGUGUGGAGAAAUGGAGGAGGUGCGUUUUUGCUUGCAUUUGGAGUAAUUUUGAUUGCCUGUGGUAUACCUUUGUACUUUCUGGAAGUCUUCAUUGGACAAUAUUCCGGAAAGGACGUCUUUGAAAUAUGGGAAUUUUCUCCAAUUUUUAAAGGUAUUGGUAUUUCCAUCGCCCUGCUAAACUUAGGUUACGUCAGCUACGUAUCCACAAUGCGUUACUGGCUACUAGAGUAUCUGAGACAGUCAUUCACGACCGACUUACCAUGGACAGCGUGUGGGAACACAUGGAACACCAAUUCAUGUGUAGUGUCUCGUACACUGUUGUCGUCGACCACCGAUCGGGACCAAUGGAAUUCCUCCCACUCAUUUUCUACUGAUGUUUUAGCCGAGGAAGAAUUUUGGCAGCAUAAUAUUUUGUCGUUAUCGGGAGGUAUAAACGAAAUCGGAUCCCUACGGUGGUCUCUCGUGCUUUGGGCAAUUCUCCUUAAAGUGAUCGUCAUUAUAAGUCUGUUGAAGAGCGUAAAAACCGUUGGAAAGCUUAUGCUCCUGACCACAUUCUUUCCUCCGUUACUCGGUCUGGCGAUGUUGAUUCAAGCUACCACACAAAAUGGCGCGAGAGAGGGACUGUUAUUUCUUUUCAAACCAGACUUUGCCAGACUUGCGGAGUCCAGGGUAUGGAUGGAGGCGUCAUUUAUGGCCUUCUAUGCACUUGGACCAGGCUGGGGCGGAGUUAUUGUGAUGGGAAGUCAUGUGAAAUUCCACAGUAACUGUCUGAGAAAUGUGCUGAUCGCAAUCGCGGGCGAUGUCUUUAUAGCAGUUUUUAGUAGCGUCGUCUUAUUCUCUGUCAUUGGUGUGAUGGCGAGUGAGAUGGAUGUCCCUGUCGAAAACGUUGUGAAGUCAGGUAUGUCUAUCGGCCUGGUCGGCUACAGUCGAGCAAUGACCUACCUCCCUGCACCUUACGUCUGGGCUGUGAUAUUUUUCUUCGCUAUCACUAUUGUCGGACUUGACGCACAGGCUGUUUGUACAGAGACAGUGGUGUCUUUCCUGGAAGGAUUUGGUAAUAGACUGGGCCGUCAUAGUCAUCUAUACCUAGUGCUGAUGGUCAAUGUAGUAACACUUAUCAUCAAUCUCCCAUUUUGUACACAGGCGGGACCUUACAUGUUCCAGCUGGUAGACUGGUACUUACCUACAUGGUCAGUGGUUAUGAUAGGCCUACUAGAAGUUAUCGCCAUUAUGUGGUUCUAUGGAGGUGAUCGUGUGGACUGUGGUUUACAAAGCAUGACUGGUCGAAAAAUGCCACACCUUGUUAGGCUGACUGCGGCUUACAUAUCCCCAUUUUUGUUUAUUAUGCUGCUCGUAAGCAGCUUUGUCACGUAUAGACCACCAAAGUACGGUCUGUACCAAUACCCAGGAUACACACGUGUCAUUGGCUGGGUGAUAUCUUGCGCUGUUGUCGCUCCUAUUCCUUUACACGUGAUUUGGCAAUUCACCAAACUGAAGGGAACACUGAAGCAGAAAUGGAAGAUACUUACAUAUCCAAGCAGUGGCUGGGGUCCUAUUGAGAGGGCUGGUCGAUUAGAGAACCUAGACCGCUCACAGCACAGGAGGUCUCUAGUAGACCUAGCGUAUUACAAUCUGACUGGCAGGCUAAGGUGUACUUCGAACAGACACAGUGAAGUUGUUGGAUUAUUUUGA